AUGAAAUUAAUAGCAUCAACAAAAGAUCAUAUAGUCAUAUCAGCGUUGCUUAAUCCAGCAGGUGUAGUCAAGCAUUUAAAAUAUAUAUUGAGCACUGAAGUUGUGCUAGAAUAUAAUAUUGAUGGGGUACAUGGCAAACGGAGUUUAAAAGAUUUAGAUAAAUUCUAUGAUGUUCUUUUAGAAUCAAUUUAUAACACAAAUUUAGAACCAGCCGAAAUUCAGCUAAGAAAAGCACUACAGCUGCAAAAAAAACGUCACUUUAAAAUGGUUUCAUUAAAUAAACAGGUCCACC